UCAGUUCAGCAUCGCUGGACGACACAGCAGAUCCAGUUUCAUCUGAUAAACCUGCAUCUCUUUAUAAUGGAUAAAUCAUACACUCAAAACUUCACAGUUCAAUACUGCUUUCCUGGAAACAAUGCAUCCUGCAGAAAGCAGCUCCACACUCCAACCAACCUGCUCAUCCUCUCUCUGGCUGCAGCAGAUCUUCUCGUGGGAAUGUUUGUUAUGCCUGUGAAAAUAACACAACUGAGAGACUCCUGUUGGUAUUUUGGAGACACGGCAUGUACUGUCUCUGAAAUCAUCAUUAGCUAUUCAAUGUCAGCAUCUCUCUAUAAUCUGGUUUUAAUCGCAGUUGAUCGAUACAUUGCUGUCAGUGAUCCUCUGCAUUAUCCCACUAGAAUCACUGUUUGUAAAACAUCUCUGUUCAUAGUUCUAAGCUGGUCUUUUUCCCUGUUGUAUGUCAUAAUAGUUUUUUACUUUAAUGACCAUCUACUUAAGUCUCAAAUAAUCACCAGUUGUUAUGGAGAGUGUGUAGUGAUUUUUAAAUAUUCCUGGAUGAUUGUUGAUCUGGCUGUUUCUUUUCUCGCUCCUUGCUCUGUUAUACUGAUCCUGUAUUCAAUCAUUUUUAAUGCUGCAAGACAUCAAGCUAAAGCUGUCAGAGCUGUAAGACUUGCCUUAAAGAAACACAGCUCUUCAAAUUCUUCUGAAAUCAAAGCAGCAAAAACACUGGGACUCGUGAUUUUUGUUUAUCUUGCUUGCUGGAUUCCAGUUUAUAUAUGUUCUCUGUCCAUUGAAAGCAUGACAACUGCCUCAAUAGCGUGGACUGUGUUUGGAUGGUUAGUGUACAUAAACUCCUCAUUGAAUCCUCUGAUGUAUGCAAUAUUCUAUCCAUGGUUUAAAACAUCAGUUAAAUUUAUUGUAUCUUGUCGAAUAUUUGAAUCCUCAUCUUCAAGUUUUAAUCUGAUACCAGAUCAUUUUUAAUUUAAUGUCAGGUUGGUUUCAGUAAAUGAAGUUAGACCAUUCUGCAGUCAGUGAUCACAUUCAGCACAGUGUCAUAAAUACGGCUUCAAAUUUCUUUUUACUUUUUUUUUUAUAUCUUUUAGACUGUAACACAUAAAUAUUUAAUAAUCUAUGUAUUUGAUUAAUGCGAAUGAAAAACGAAUGAAAUUCCUAGUAAUACAGCUUUAAAGGGAAACACUAAUGACCUCAGUGACCUUUUAAUUUCAAACAUUACUGUCAUAAUGAACUGCACUGACAGACAUGUAUAUUGAAUCUGAUAUGUAUGUGU